AUGGCUGUCCUGUCACUAGCGUUACUACUUGUAGGAUUUGUAUUGACUUCAGCUGACAAGGCUGGUGAAGUAGAUAGAGAGGACCAGCUGAGGAGCCGCCUGAAGGAGUAUGGCCUGGUCACUCCCUUCAGCACCGACUCUCACGGACACUACCUGUCACACCUGCUCUCAGCCACUCAUAAGCAGCGCGUCAAGAGAGAGGUGUUUUCUUCUAGUGAAGCUGAACAAAAACUUUUCUUCAACAUCACCGCCUUCGGGAAGGAGUUCCACCUCCGCCUGCGCCCUAACAACAGGCUGGUGGCCCCAGGUGCGAUGGUGGAGUGGCACGACGAGGUUCAAGGAUUCGGGAACGUCAGCGACAGUGCAGGUGAUGACCCCAGCACAGACACCAACCAUACUGAAACCAGCAACGGGACAGAGAGGAUACUGCGACGCGAGCUGCUAAAGACGGAUUGCACCUUUAUCGGCGAUAUCUCAGACGUUCCUGGGGCCUCGGUUGCUAUUAACAACUGCGACGGACUGGCUGGGAUGAUCCGCACCGACUCCGACGAGUACUUCAUUGAGCCACUGGAGAGAGGCACUCAGGAGCUGGAGGACCAGGGCAGGGUCCAUGUGGUUUACCGCAGAUCGGCUCUGCUGCAGACCCCCUCCGACAUCUCUGUGGACUACCAGUUACAAGAACCAGAGCUGGAUGUACCCGGGACUCUGGACUCUGUGGCCCGGCAGGUCAACGACACUGUCCGCCGCCGUCGCCGCCGAGAUGCUGGAGAGGACGACUACAACAUUGAAAUCCUGCUGGGAGUUGACGACUCGGUGGUUCGAUUUCAUGGCAAAGAGCACGUGCAGAACUACCUACUCACGCUCAUGAAUAUUGUGAAUGAGAUUUACCAUGACGAGUCCCUAGGCGUCCACAUCAAUGUUGUUCUGGUGAGGAUGAUCAUGCUGGGUUAUGCCAAGUCCAUCAGCCUCAUUGAGAGGGGGAACCCAUCACGGAGCCUGGAGAAUGUGUGCCGCUGGGCAUUUGUGCAGCAGAAAGGCGACCCUGAUCAUGCCGAACACCACGACCAUGCAAUUUUCCUCACUCGCCAAGGCUUCGGCCCCACAGGGAUGCAGGGUUAUGCUCCAGUGACGGGAAUGUGCCACCCUGUGCGGAGCUGCACCCUCAACCACGAGGACGGCUUCUCCUCAGCCUUCGUCGUGGCUCACGAGACCGGACAUGUGUUAGGCAUGGAGCACGACGGCCAAGGCAACCGCUGCGGGGAUGAAACGACGAUGGGCAGCGUGAUGGCUCCUCUGGUGCAGGCGGCCUUCCAUCGAUACCACUGGUCCAUGUGCAGCGGACAGGAGCUGAAGAGAUACAUCCACACCUAUGACUGUCUUCUGGACGACCCCUUCAAACAUGACUGGCCACAACUUCCUGAACUUCCCGGCAUCAACUACUCGAUGGACGAGCAGUGUCGAUUUGACUUUGGAGUGGGCUACAAGAUCUGCACUUCAUUUCGCACAUUCGACCCGUGUAAACAGCUGUGGUGCAGUCACCCUGACAACCCGUACUUCUGCAAAACCAAGAAGGGGCCACCUCUCGAUGGGACGGAGUGUGCUCCUGGAAAAUGGUGCUACAAAGGUCACUGCAUGUGGAAAAACCCUAAUCAGGUCAAGCAAGACGGAACCUGGGGCUCCUGGAGCAAAUAUGGCUCCUGCUCUCGCUCCUGUGGAACCGGCGUUCGCUUCCGGACACGUCAGUGCAACAACCCAGCGCCCUCCAACGGCGGCCAGGACUGUCCAGGAGUAAACUACGAGUAUCAGCUGUGCAACACCGAUGACUGCCCCAAGCACUUCGAAGAUUUCCGAGCCCAGCAGUGCCAGCUCCGCAACUCCCACUUUGAGUUCCAAAAUGCCAAACACCACUGGCUGCCCUACGAGCAUCCCGACACCAACAAGAGGUGCCACUUGUACUGCCAGUCAAGGGAAACCGGAGACGUGGCGUACAUGAAGCAGCUGGUGCAUGAUGGGACAAGAUGCUCCUACAAGGAUGCCUACAGUAUCUGCGUGCGUGGAGAAUGUGUGAAAGUUGGCUGCGACAGAGAAAUUGGCUCUAACAAAGUUGAGGACAAAUGUGGGGUUUGUGGUGGGGACAACUCCCACUGCCGCACCGUCAAAGGAACCUUCACCAGAACACCAAAGAAAGCUGGUUACCUUAAGAUGUUUCUCAUUCCUCCUGGAGCUAGACAUGUGAUCAUCCAAGAACAUGAGGCCUCCCCUCAAAUUCUUGCUAUCAAGAACCAGGCAACGGGGCAUUACAUUCUCAACGGGAAAGGUGAGGAGGUUAAGUCCAGGAGCUUCAUCGACUUGGGCGUGGAGUGGCACUACAUCAUCGAGGAAGACGUGGAGACUCUGCACACUGACGGACCUCUGCAUGACCCCGUGGUGGUUCUGAUUAUACCCAAGGACAAUGAAACACGGUCUACGUUAAUGUACAAGUACAUCAUCCAUGAGGACUCAGUGCCUGUCAACAACAACAACGUCAUCCAGGAGGACACGUACGAGUGGGCUCUGAAGAGCUGGUCACCGUGUUCUAAACCUUGUGCCGGAGGGUUUCAGUACACCAAGUACGGCUGUCGAAAGAAAGGAGACACCAAGAUGGUUCAUCGAGGAUACUGCGACGCCAGCAAGAAGCCGAAACCCAUCCGCAGAAUGUGUAACCUUCAGGACUGCACACAGCCUCAGUGGGUCUCAGAGGAGUGGGAGUAUUGUACCAAAACCUGCAGCAGCCUGGGCUUUCAGAUCCGGACCGUUCGCUGCGUACAGUUGCUCCAUGACAGCACCAACCGCUCUGUCCACAGCAAAUACUGCAGCGGCGAGAAGCCAGAGAGCCGGAGGCCGUGUAACAGAGUCCCAUGUCCUGCUCAGUGGAGGACCGGAGCCUGGUCAGAGUGCUCUGUGACCUGUGGGGAGGGGAUGGAGAGGCGUUUGGUCACUUGUCGGAUCGGAGAUCAGUGUAAUGGAGAAAAACCUGAGACUGUGAGACCAUGCAGACCUGGACCCUGCCAUGAUGAGCCCUGUAACGGGGACAAAUCCAUCUUCUGCCAAAUGGAGGUCCUCGCACGGUACUGCUCGAUUCCAGGGUACAACAAACUGUGCUGCGAGUCCUGCAGCAAGCGCAGCGGAGCUCUAUCCUUGUUCACCGAGGCGGCUGAGACGGAGGAGCACAUCCGCUUCGGAUCAGCCUCUCAGCUCCUGGAGACAUUAACGGCUUCUGUAGCGGCAAACGCCACUCGCGGUGCUAAACAAGGCUCAGGCAAGGCGUCCGCCACGUCAGGCAAUGCCGCGAGACACAUCACGACCCCUGCUCCGCUCAAGAAAACCCAGUCCAAGAUCACCACGGCACCGAGACGGGUUCCACGGCACAUGGGUCUCACUGGCAGGAAGCUGCCCGCCAUGGCACCAUCUCCGCUGGCAGAUCCCGCUAAGGGUCAAAGGUCGAGCAGCUCGACAGAUAGUCGGCGGCCUACACCGUAUUCUAAAGUGGAGAGAUGAAAGUGACGGCCUUCCCUUCAGGACUCUUUAUGUACAGUAGAUAAUCCAGCUUCAUCUUGAGUCUUCUCAUGCCAAAAACACCAGAGAGAGAGAGAGAGAGAGAGAGAGAGAAAAGUGCUGGUUCACUUUGUUGUAAAGAAUUUCCCUUCCCUUUUUGCCCCCGACUCUGACUUUAAAUAUCACUCUGACAUUUUACAAUGAGCUCCCAUAGUAUUUGAAGUGAAACACCCGUGUCACCUCGCUUUCACACUUCAUAAUUAGACGAAAAAAUGAUUAUUAAUUUCAAGCUUAA